UUACCGAGGGAGUUGGCUUGGCAAGGAUGUGGCCAUCAGAAUGUACAGGGCCCAGUUGGUGAACUCUAACAAGUGGUGGUCAGCCGUGCGGCAUCUGGACCAAAUUCGGCACACGAACAUUUGCCUGUUCAUGGGGGUCGCUAUCAGCGAGCCGUACUACUGCAUUGUAUGGGAGUUUGCAGAGUAUGGUAGUUUGGAAGACCUACUCCACUACGAUCGUUGUCCACCUGGUGGGAAGAAGCAUGAGAUUGUGAGGCCGCCCUUACCAGUAUCAAUGGCACUACACGUAGCUAGAGGCAUUGCUGUGGCAUGCAGCUAUCUGGGCCGUAUACCAGGUUUGGGCCAUGGUCCUGGUGGGCACCUAGAUUUGAAACCAUCGAAUGUUCUGGUGGACUCAUCCUUCAACGUUAAACUGACCGACUUUUGCCUCAAUGAAAUAGAGUCCU